AUGAAUCCUCUGGAAAUCUCAGCAGCGAAGCUCCUCGCCCUCCGCCAGGAUGAUGGCUCAGGUGCCGAUGCCGUCAACGAGUGCGGCGCCGCCGCCGUCGAUCUCAGCAACAAGGGACUGCGUAUCGCCUCCAUCUUCAUCAUCAUGGUUGCUUCGCUUUUCGGUGGUUUCCUCCCCAUCUUCCUGGCCAGGACCACCAGAAUGCACGUUCCCAAGAUGACCUUCUUCAUCUUCAAGUACGUCGGUACCGGUGUCAUUAUCGCAACCGCUUGGAUGCAUCUGCUGUCACCUGGUGUCGAGGCUCUGCACAAUGAGUGCUUGGAGCCAAUGCUGGGCAGCUACGACUGGGCUUUUGCCAUCGGCCUGAUGACUGUCAUGGUCAUGUUCCUGAUUGAGAUGAUCGCAUCCAACGUCGCCCAGUCAGCAUUCGGCAGCCAUGACCACGAACUUGGCCACAGCUCAAGCAUGACCAACAAGACCAAGGACAUUGGAACCGAUGGGACGAGCGCUACCGAGGUUUGCCCCCACGACGACGCUGAGAGGGGCGUUGGCUUUGUAGACCCCAAGAAGGUGCCUGGACUUCCCGACGACGUUAGCUACCCGCCCGGUGGAAGGGAUCAUCUAGGCCACGCUCGUGACCACACUGAGGGAGACACUCACAAUGGCCUCGCCGGCCAGCUGAUUGCCAUCUUCAUCCUCGAAUUCGGUGUCGUGUUCCACUCCAUCUUCAUUGGACUCGUCCUCGCCACUAGCGACGAGCUCGUCGUCCUUCUCAUCGUUCUCACUUUCCACCAGUUCUUCGAGGGUCUCGGUUUGGGCUCUCGACUUGCCACUGCCACUUGGCCUUCCCACGGCCGAUACUGGCCUCACAUUCUCGCCAUCAUCUACGGCCUGUCGACUCCCAUCGCUAUUGCCGUUGGUAUUGCCGCUCAGCCGAACAGCGCCAAGACACAGACUCUUGUCAACGGAAUCUUCGACUCUAUCAGUGCCGGUAUUCUGAUGUACACGGGUUUGGUCGAGCUGCUGGCACACGAGUUCAUGUUCAACCCGCAGAUGAGAAACUCACCGCUCAAGGUGCAGCUCUUUGCGUUCGGCUGUGUCGCGCUCGGUGCUUGUGUGAUGGCUGUCUUGGCCAACUGGGCCUAG